UUCGUGUGGCGUCGUCUUCGAGCGAGCGCUCUCUGCGGGGAAACCCCAAACCCUAACCCUAGACCUUGCCCUAACCCUAGCGAGCCAUGGACGCCAUUAGGAAGCAGCUCGACGCCCUCAUGGGGGCCAACCGGAACGGCGACGUCGCGGAGGUGAAUCGGAAGUACUAUGACCGCGACGUGUGCCGCCUCUUCUUGGCCGGGCUCUGCCCCCACGACCUCUUCCAGCUCACGAAAAUGGAUAUGGGUCCUUGUCCAAAGGUGCACUCUUUGCAGCUGAGGAAAGAAUAUGAAGAAGCAAAAGCCAAAGGUAUUCAUAACUUUGAUAGGGAAUUGGAAGAUAUGAUAGAAAGGUUGAUUGGGGAAUGCGAAAGGAAAAUUCAGAGAGCCCUUAAACGUUUGGAGGAGGAAGAUGCUAAAGCUGCUAUAGCAAUAUCUGUUUCUGAGGUUACUCAGACACCUGAAAUCAUGGAGCUCUCAAAGCAAAUCAAGGAGAAACACAAAGAAGCUGAUACUUUUGAUCUGGAAGGAAAAACUGACGGUAAGAUUCGGGCCCUGGAAGAGGUUGAAGAGCUUAGAAAUAAAAGAGCUGACAAGCAGGCUAUGCUUCUCCUUGAAGCUUUUAACAAAGACAGAGCUACAAUAGUAAAUCCACUUCAAAAUCCUCCUCAGCUAGCCUCUUUACCUGCUCUUCCUCCUCCAGAUCCACGCACACAAGAAAUGAUAAAUGAGAAGCUUAAGAAGGCAGAAGAACUUGGUGAAAGGGGAAUGAUAGAUGAGGCUCAAAAGGCUUUGGAAGAAGCAGAAGCUUUAAAGAAGUUGGGUGCACGCCAGGAGCCUGUUUCAGAUGGUACAAAGUUUACAGCUGCAGAUGUGCGAAUUACUGAUCAAAAGUUGCGUUUAUGCGACAUAUGUGGGGCAUUCUUGAGUGUCUAUGACAGUGAUCGUCGCUUGGCUGAUCAUUUUGGAGGAAAACUUCAUAUGGGCUAUAUGCUAAUACGUGAGAAGUUAAAAGAGCUUCAGGAAGAGAGAGAUAAGCGGCGGAAAAGGGACCGAGAUGAAUAUGACAGAAGGUCCAAAGAACGAAGAAGUUUGGACCAUGACAGGGCAGGAAGCAGAGACCGAGAUAGAGACGGCCGAGGUGGCAGUCACGAGAGGAGCAGGGAUUAUGAUCGUCGGAGCAGAGAUUACGACCGCUAUUACGAUAGAGACCGUGGAUAUGAUCGGGAACGGGAUCGAGCUCACAGUUAUGAAUCUAGGAGUCGACGAAGGUCACGUUCUCGUUCUCGUUCACAGGAACGAUCCAGAGAUUACAGUCGGCACAGGCGACAUGAUCGAUACUGAGGAUCAAGCUGAAGAGUAUGCAAAGUCGAUUCUCCAUGUCGUAGGUUUCGUUCUCAAAACAUGUCUUUUCGAUUGUAGGCCUUCUCUUUUUGAUUUUUGCUCCUUUUUCAGGGGACUGUUUUAUUGCAGGAAAACCUCUAGAUCUUUUUCCUGUUUGUGAAAGUAGAGUCAGAGAUACAAGUAUAGAACUUGGAAAUGAGAGUGGAUGCAAACUAUUAGGUAUGAUUGCGUUACUGUAACAUACUUGCUUUUUAACAUGGUUCCAGUUCAUCGUGUUUCGCUUCUCGGUAGUAGUAGGUUAGUUUGCGGUAUGUCAUCUAUUUCUCUAGGCCUGUGGGAUUCAUGAAUGUUUCAUUUAAUAUAAUAGUGUUUAGAUGAAAAUGAUUCAUUUUUAAUCAGAAAAGUUUGUUGUGUAAAA